AUGAACAGUAAGGUUCAAACUCCCAUCAGCCUUGUCUUGCCCGACGAUGAGCCGGAUGAUACGGGCCCGGUGACAUUGGGAGAGGAUUACUGGCGGAAGUUGGGCGAGCACACCAAGCUCGAGCAGGACGAGAUUGAGCCUGCCUUGGGCGAGUUCAAGAAGCUACAUGCCAUGAAUCUAACACAUUUGCUCAAUCAACUCGUUCUCAUCAAGGCCAACAUAGAAAAGAACGGAACCACAAGCAAGAAGCAGAUGACACUGCUCAGGAAAACGCUACAGCACUACGCUAACGCAAUCCGAGACUUCCAAUACAUCACCGAGCUCAACACGCCACCACGCAUAUACCGCAAUCAAAAGCGCAUCGCUCUCGAAGGUAGCUUUCCGGAACUUGCCAACCCGUUCCCUGGCUCAAGGAACAUCCCCUACAACACAUUCUACCGGACCCUCCAAAAACGCACCGUCCAAAACCGCGACGGCAUCCGAGAACUCCUGCGCAAGUUUCUCCCCAACCGCCUCUCCUGGACCGAAUCCGAGCGACGCGCACGCCCAGACGUUUACUCGUCCGGGCGGGCGCCCGAUAUUUAUUCUCCUUUUGUGGAUUCCACAGCGCGCUUCAUCAUCGGGACAUUUGGCGGGUGUGCGCUUGUGGUGCCAAUGAUGGUGAUGGUAUUCCAGCCGUCGUUGACGAAGACCCUUAUUACUGUAUGCGUGGCGGUGGUAUUAUUUGCGUUAGCGUUGAGUCUAGUGUUUGAGACGGAUAAUAAGGAUACUAUCUCGGCGACAGCGACGUAUGCUGCUGUUCUCGUGGUUUUCGUCGGAACAAGUACGGGGCAAAGCUGA